AUGGCACCAAUUUCAAUACGAAAGCAAUUACAAGUUGAUGUGGAACUUCGAUCGGUGCUAGCCUUCUUCUUUGCAUCCUUCGUUCUUGUAUUCGCCUUCUCGCUAUUCUCGAUGUUGAUCGCUGCGCUUCUCCUCGUCUGCAUUCCGCCUUCGUCAUACUUUAUUAGCAAACAUCGAAAUCAGAAGUUUCAGAGUACGACGCAAGCAUCAAUCCUCGGCGUGGUGUUCGGUUUCGCGUUGAGUUAUUCGAUAUUCUAUAACAAUUACAAAUCGUCGUGUUUAUCUCGCUAUUUCGCCAUUUUGGCGAUAUUCCAUUUCACUGAAUAUGUGUUCACCGCGUUCUCGAAUCGUCGAUCCCUUCAGCCGGAUUCGUUCCUUCUCAAUCAUUCGGUUGGAUAUUGGAUGGCGGCUUCGACGAGUUGGAUCGAAUUCCUCAUCGAGCUCUACAUAUUCCCAUUCAUGAAAUCGCAUUCGCUUAGUAUGCUAGGAGUGCUUUGCUGCAUUAUUGGAGAAGUCAUCCGAAAGACGGCGAUGAUGCACGCUGGAAGCGGAUUCACGCAUAAACUGGCGAUGGCGAAACGAUCCGAUCAUGUUCUGGUGACCGAAGGCAUCUAUGCAUGGAUGAGACAUCCUGGAUAUUGCGGAUGGUUCAUUUGGGCGGUCUCGACGCAAUUGAUUCUGUGCAAUCCAAUUUGCACAUUUAUUUAUACCUAUGUCACAUGGCACUUUUUCUCUCAGCGAAUUUACGAUGAAGAAAGGGACCUCAUCAAAUUCUUUGGCUCCAAUUAUAUUGCAUAUCAGAAUCAAGUGAUGUGCGGUGUUCCGUUUGUAACCGGCUACAAAAUGCCGCAACAUGGUUAA